AGAAUCGCUCCGCGGCUGUGCGGAGUCGCCGGCGACAGUGGAGGGGCCGACGCGGAGAGCGGCUCACAACCUGGAAUGGCCAAAUAUCAAGGUGAAGUUCAAAGUUUGAAACUGGAUGAUGAUUCAGUUAUAGAAGGAGUAAGCGACCAAGUACUUGUGGCAGUUGUGGUCAGUUUCGCUUUGAUUGCUACCCUGGUAUAUGCACUUUUCAGAAAUGUACAUCAAAACAUUCACCCAGAAAACCAGGAGCUAGUAAGGGUACUUCGAGAACAGCUUCAAACAGAACAGGAUGCACCUGCUGCUGCUCGACAGCAGUUCUACACCGACAUGUACUGUCCCAUCUGCCUGCACCAAGCCUCCUUCCCGGUGGAGACCAACUGUGGACAUCUUUUUUGUGGUGCCUGCAUUAUUGCUUACUGGCGAUAUGGUUCAUGGCUUGGGGCAAUCAGUUGUCCAAUCUGUAGACAAACGGUAACCUUACUCCUAACGGUAUUUGGUGAAGAUGAUCAGUCUCAGGAUGUUGUGAGAUUGCAUCAGGAUAUUAAUGAUUAUAACCGGAGAUUCUCAGGGCAACCCAGAUCUAUUAUGGAGAGAAUUAUGGAUCUACCCACUUUACUGAGACAUGCAUUCAGGGAAAUGUUUUCAGUCGGGGGCCUUUUCUGGAUGUUUCGCAUCAGAAUAAUACUUUGUUUAAUGGGAGCUUUUUUCUAUCUUAUAUCUCCUCUAGAUUUUGUACCUGAAGCCUUGUUUGGAAUCCUAGGCUUUCUAGAUGAUUUCUUUGUCAUCUUUUUAUUGCUUAUCUACAUCUCUAUUAUGUAUCGAGAAGUGAUAACCCAAAGGCUAACCAGAUGAAAAAAAAAAAAAAACUGAGUUUACUAGGAUAUCUGAGCUAACGUAGAACAUCAAACAGAAGGACCCAUGGCAGUAUAAAGCAAUGAAGUAAUGGAGUAUUAUCUCACAAAUAUAAAACCACUAUAAGACAAACAUUUGAUUAUCAUUUGACAAAUGCCUAGGAAUAUAUAACUGGAAUUUUCACAUGUUGCAAGUUCUAAUACUAAGUUUAGAAUUAUAAUGAUCUACAAUUGUAUCUUGAUUCUAUGUUGUCUGGAAAAAAUAAGGAAUUAUAUAAAAAGGGAUGCUUUUAUAUAUUUUUCUUUUCCCCAGAAUUACUUAGAUUAAUUGGAUGUAUAGUAAAAUAUUGUUAAAUGUCAGUUUAUCCACCUUAUCCUUCUCAGUGGGUACCUAUAUGAUAAUAUAUAGCUGUGAAACUCAUCUAAAUAUUUUUGUUACAAUAAAGUAUUAUAUACUAUUGGGGAAAAUUCAGUAUUUCUUUUAGUGCUAGCUAAGUUUUGUGCAUUUGGAGCAGUUCUGCUUUUUCAUUCUGGUAUAAUUAUUUGUUAUCAGCUGAAACUGAAAGAAGAAACUUGAACUUCAUACUUCAAUAUCAUAUUUUAGUUUACAGAACAUAUUUUAAUCAAUAGAAGAAUUAAGAUGAAAAACAUGGCCAGGCGGGGUGUUUCACACCUGUAAUCCCAGCAGUUUGGGAGGCCGAGGCAGGUGGAUCAUGAGGUCAGGAGAUUGAGACCAUCCUGGCUAACACAGUGAAACCCCGUCUCUACUAAAAACACAAAAAAUUAGCAGGGCGUGGUGGCCAGCGCCUGUAGUCCCAGCUACUCAGGAGGCUGAGGCAGAAGAAUGGCGUGAACCUGGGAGGCGGAGCUUGCAGUGAGCCGAGAUUGCAGCACUGCACUCCAGCUUGGGCGACAGGGUUAGUCUCCAUCUUAAAAAAAAAAAAAAAAGAUGAAAAACAUUUAUCUCCAGUCAGCACACUUGAUGUUCACAGUUAGACAUUUAAACGAGCUCAUCCUUUCAUAGUAGAUAUAAAAGUAAUUUGUAAAGGGAAGAUUGUUUUAGGAACCUGGGUGAUGCUGCAAACAGAGUAGCCUGAUGCAUUUCUGAGGAAGGUGGAUGGGAUCUUCGUGUCUUUGAGCAUCAAGCCCAUAGGAAGGUACUGGGAACAGUAUCUACAUUUGACAAAAGAAAUUACUGGUUAGCUAUAGCAACAGAUUGGACAAACUUGGUUAGUUUUCUGUUGUCAGAAAUUUUUAUAGUAUUGUCUCAGGAAGGCAGCACACAGCUCAGAUUCAUGUCUUGAGCCAAACAAGUGAAUAUAUCUGAGAAGACUCAAUACCACAUGGUAUUGGGAGAUGUUACUCACUUUGGCUGGUGUUGGUCAUUACUGAAUGUGUAACAGCAGGAUGUGACGGGAUGCCCAGGAGUCAGUGUUAGCAUUGUCAUCUGAGAUCACUGCUAUUAAUAUCAUCCAUUAAUUUAUUAGUGAGCUUCAGUAUAUGCAGACUGGGAGAUAAGAAGAAAAUCUGUCACAUUCUGUCUAGUUAAUCAGAUCAGCUACCAAUUAAUGAGAUUCUGAAUUAAAUAUCAGUAUGUGUUUUUCUAAUUUGGACCUAGGACAGAGCUGUUGCUUGUCAUAGAGAAAGACAAUAAUGCUUAAACAUAGCACAUUAUAAUUAACGCAGUUACUCACAUACUUUUCAUUUUAUCCUUUGGACAAUUUUGUGAGGAACGCUGGGCACCAACUUCCCUUUCAUAGAUAAAAUCCCUAUGCUAUUGAUGAAAGUGUUUUUGAAUGAAGUCAUACAACAAAUAACUGAUCAAAGUGGCAUUAAACCAAAAUCUUUUAGUAGGACUCCUGCAUAGAAUGUUUAGAUAGACGUGGAAGUUGUUAAGAGGAACGGCAAGAAAGAAACUGGUUCUUUGGAAGUCUUUCAUGCUACAUUAUACCUCCAUCAGAGUAAGACAGCUUAGGCACUCCUAAGAGGAAAGGUCUGUGGAGAUGACACCUGAAGAUUGCAUGAAUCCAAAUUCUACACUUCCAAAUCAAAUAGGUAAAAGGGUAGUAUACAUCACAGAAAAUGCUUGCUGUCACCAACUUGAAAAGCAAAUGAGUAGGAGUUUGUCACACUGCCACGUACCAGACUGAAAAUGCAUUUCCUACCAGUUAUACAUUUGGUGUGGGGGAAUGGUGAUGUCAUUUUUUGACAGCAUUUUAUUUGUGUGCAUGCGUUCUGCUCCAAGUGUCACAAUUCUGGUUACAAUAAUUAUAAUAUUUGGAGUUACUACUAAGACUUUCCUGAAAGAGGUGUACUGUACCAAAUUUUGUAACGUAAAAAAAAAUACUAAAUGAUCUUAAAGCUUACUAAAUUGUGAAAAGGAUACGUGCUAACAUCUCAGAACUUUAGGCCUGCUUAUUGUCAUCUUUACCGAUCUCUGAUCAUAAAUGCAGAAGGGAUCUGAGAGUUUUUAAAGCAAGUAGAGUCAAUCAGUGUUUUGAACAUUAUAGUAAUACUUCUGUGAUUCAGAGUUAGAUCAUAUAAAUCAAAGUAACAAUUUGGAUUUUUUUUAAACAACAGUAUCAUAACUGUCAUAAAACAGAUGGUCCAACCCCAGGAGCAGACAAUAACUUGGGCAGCUCUGUGGGGAAUAAGAUGGGGAAAACAACUUUUCUAACUGCCCACUAGAAUAGUGGUUUCAACUACUACAAUUCUCAGUGUUUGAGAGGUACAAGGGAAGAAAGGACUGUGUGGAUCCCUUGUGGCUAUGCAGAUACCUACCUCACAGAGUUGUUGUAGAAGACUGGUGGUUUGGUUCAAACCUUGUGAUUAAAGAGUUUGUCAAGCAUUUUAUUCUUUUGAAUAAAAGCAACAUAUAUAAAAAAUU